AUGGCCCGCUCAUUGCGGCACAAACAAUGGAGCGAAGAAGACAUCGAGCUAAUCUACCUCAACAGGCGACUCCGCGACUGCAAGAGCAAGAGCAAGGGCAGCAGUGGGUCCGGCGGUGGCGGCUUCAACAUCAUCUGCGAGGGCUGCAUCGCCCAGAUGCUCGGCCUGUGGUACGCCUAUCAAAAAUGUCGCCUGCCCGCGUCCGAGGUCGCCAGCAUGCUGACCCCGGAGCGAUUGGCGGAGCUGAGGCACACGCAUGCCGCCGACAUGGCUGCCAUAGAGAGGGAGACGUUGGAGGCGAUGGGAGGCCACGACCCGCCGUCGCUCGACUGUCACCUCCUCCGGCUUUGGACGGGGAUUCUGCCCGACCACGACGAUGACCCGAGUCUGCUCCGUGCAAAACUCAUGUUCGUCAUGAGGGGGAGCAAGUAUGGACUCUACGACCUGGUUGACGGGCCAAAGUUGAAGGAGUGGCUGCAAGCAAUGGAGCAGCUCCAGAAGCACCGCGUGCACGAGUUGGAGCAGCUUGAGGCCUUGCGGCGAAGGAGUAACAGGAGCGCAAAUAGUGGCAGUGGCAGUGGCAGUGGCAGUGGCAGUAGUAGUGGCAGCAGCAGCAUCACCAGCCGCAGCAAGACGUGGUCUUCCUGCCGCUGCCGGUACCAAGACAUGGGCUCGUUGACGCCGCGCGGCUUCUGGGACUUUGUCAAGCCGCGCCUGCACGUGUCGAUCGGCAACGCCAUCGAGAGCCACUACUUCGCCAACAACAACGCGCACCCCGUCUGCGCGGCCGACGUAUACAUCACCAUGGCCUAUGCGCCGCUGCAGGCCGACUUGGAGAAGAUGGCGAGGACGCACCGGGCCGAGCUGGCGGUGCGGGAUAGGUUGUCUAUGGAGAUGCGGCUGGUCGAGGAGGCUUUUCGCGGGCUGGGUCGGGGUCGCGGUUCUGCAUCGGUCGUAGAGGCGAGUGCAGGUGGCAGCAGCAGCAGCGGCGGCGGCGACGGUGGCAGCAAUGCCAGCAAGAAGAGUUGGGUGUCUGCAGAAGACGCCGAGAGGGAGGCUGUCCGGUUGGCCUAUGAGAGAGAUAGCUAUGGUCUGGGCCCGCUUGCUCGUGCUUACACGGCGAGGCAGGCUGCGAGAGACGCCUUUGCCAGGUCUGGUGGGCGUGGCUCAUGCUUAUGAGGGACUGGAUUCCUUUUUACAGGUAGACUUGGCUUUUUUGCAAGCGUUGAAGAAAAUAUGCAUAUUGGUCACUAAUACAAGC